AUGGGCCUGUUCCGGGCGAUCCCGAAGCUGCUGCAUAAGCAUGUGGUGAUGGCCUCAGAAACACGGGAAAGCCGUGAAAGACACAGAUGGCAAACCCACGGUGCAGAGCCUCCCCCGACUGCCAUUGUGGAACUGAUAGACGGCUUCAAGGUGUCCAAGGCCCUGUUCACGGCUUGCAAGAUGAAGGUGUUCGAUUUGCUGGGGGACGAAGGCCCCCUGAGCACGGCGGACAUUGCCAGGAAAAUCGGUGCCUCAGAGGGCGGAACUGGAUACCUGCUGGACGCCUGUGCAGGCCUGGGCCUGCUGGACAAGACAGAGGGAGGUUACAGCAACACACCCCUGGCCACCCUGUACCUGCUGUCAGAUGGCGAGUACUCCCUGCACAGCUUCGUCAUGAUCCACGAGGAAUUCAGCUGGCCCUUCUUCUCCUACCUGGACUUUGCUGUCCGGGAGGGCACCAUCCAGGCCCAGAGGGCUCUGGGCACAGCAGGGGAGGACCACUAUCAGGAGUCCUUCUACAAGAAUCGAGAAAAGAAGCUGCAGUUCAUGCGGGCCAUGCACGGCCACACCAAGGUAGCUGCUCGCCAGGUGGCCACAGCCUUUGACCUGUCUGGAUUCACCUCUGCCUGCGACCUGGGAGGAUCCACAGGCGCCCUUGCCUACGAGCUGGCCAGGCAGUACCCGGGUCUGAAGGUGACCAUAUUUGACCUGCCAGAGGUCAUCGAGGAUGCCGUGUGUUUUAAGCCCCAUGGACCCCAGACAGUGCAGGUCAGCUUCGUGCCAGGGGACUUUUUCCGAGACACCCUCCCAGAGGCUGACCUGUACAUCCUGUCCAAAAUUCUGCACAACUGGCCCGACGACAAGGUGCACCAGCUGCUGAGCCGCAUCUCCCGCAGCUGCAAGCCAGGUGAGACGGCCUCUUCGACCUCCUUUUCAGACACACAUGAAGACCCGUCCAUUUUUUAG